UUCUCCGCCUUUGUCCUAAUCCACACCAGCAGGUGGAGCCGCAGUUAAAGUUUCCGAGUCCAUUCCGGGAGCGGGAGCCCAUCUUGCUCGCUGCCGAGGCCCUCGCUGGAGGAGGAGGGUCAGAGCUCGGGUGUAGCCAAUCGCGGGCAACGCUGCUAGUUAUCAGAGCAGAAUGGGCUGUAGUUUAGUGAAAUAGGAAAGCUGCAAAACACUGUGGAGUGCUCCCGUGUAAAUAAAAAGAGGAAAAAAAAGUUUCUCAAGUCGCCGCUGCACGACGUCGGGCCGGGGCGGGGGUCUGCGCUCUCCCGAGCGGCCGCGCGCUGGACUUUAUUGUGCCGCAACGAACCCCCGUCCCCAUUGUUUGUGUGUUUUUCUCAAAAUAUGGCAAAGGUUCAGGUGAACAAUGUAGUGGUGCUGGACAACCCUUCUCCUUUCUACAACCCGUUCCAGUUCGAGAUCACCUUCGAGUGCAUCGAGGACCUAUCUGAAGACUUGGAAUGGAAAAUUAUCUAUGUGGGCUCUGCAGAAAGUGAAGAAUACGAUCAAGUUUUAGACUCUGUUUUAGUGGGUCCUGUUCCUGCAGGAAGGCAUAUGUUUGUAUUUCAGGCUGAUGCACCUAAUCCAGGACUCAUUCCAGAUGCAGAUGCAGUAGGUGUAACAGUUGUGCUAAUAACUUGCACCUAUCGAGGUCAAGAAUUUAUUAGAGUUGGCUAUUAUGUAAAUAAUGAAUAUACUGAGACAGAAUUAAGGGAAAAUCCACCUGUAAAACCAGACUUUUCUAAGCUUCAGAGAAACAUUUUGGCAUCUAAUCCCAGGGUCACAAGAUUCCACAUUAAUUGGGAAGAUAACACAGAAAAACUGGAAGAUGCAGAGAGCAGUAAUCCAAAUCUACAGUCACUUCUUUCGACAGAUGCAUUACCUUCAGCAUCAAAGGGCUGGUCCACGUCAGAAAACUCACUAAAUGUCAUGUUAGAAUCCCACAUGGACUGCAUGUGACCACCUGCCAUCCCUUUAGUACAAACUAAGCUAUUAAAAACACAGAACUAUUUCCCUGAAAUUCCGUAAGUACAUAGUCAAGACACAAUGUGAAGAAUUUGUUUAAAAACAUCCUGUAGAAAGUUUAUAAGAAAAACCAGUAUUUGAGCAAAUUGUGGAAUAUAAAUACAACUAUUUUUAAGUAAUUUUUUCUCUAAUGUGUUAUUUUAUUUGUUCUUGAAACUAAUUUGAUUAAAGCAUAUAUAUUAUUUUCUUCUCCUUUAUAUGUAAUUAAAGCACUUAUAAAAAAAAGUAUGAAUCAUUAGUCCAGGUUGUAAACAUGUCUUAGCCUCUUGGACAAUAAUCUUUGGAUCACUGCUUUACUAGACUUUUUUUUUUUUUUUUAAAAAAAAGCUUAUGUCAACUAAAAUGUUUCUUCCUGUGAAGAUACAUGGUAGCUUUAAUUUAAGGGACACAUUUUCCUUCUCUUUUGGCAUGUUCUUGAAAAGGAGUUUUGAAAUUAAAAUGUUCAGAGGAACUUUAGGAUCUGCUUUUUCCACCCUGAAGCCCCUUAAAACUACAAACUAUUACACUUUGUGUAGUGUUAGAUAAUAUUUUAAUUUCUAAGAUACUAACAAACGUAGCUAAUUGUUUAUAGGGUCCUCUGGCUAUGGUUUUAGUUUUUAUAAUAAAGUUCAGGACAUUAGAGCACUUCUUGAAUCAUACACCAUUAUUGCCCUGUGAAUUACAACUCUCAAGAGCAAAUACAAACUUCCGAAGUUUUAAGAAUAGGAGAUUCCAGGAAAUUGGAAUCGAAAUAAGUAAGCCACCUGAGUUCUGCGUCAAAAACUAAACACUUGCAGUAUUAGUGACUGCACAUUUCCUGUAGCAGAAUAAACCCCCCUCCUCCAUAAAAGGCCAAGAUAUCAAAACAUAGCAUGAGCCAUAAUCAAGGUAGAACUGUAAUGGCUCAAAUCUGUUCAUCAGAUUUAUAAAAAUCCUCUGAACUUGAAAAAUUCUUUUGGUAUCUGUUCUUGGCCAAAUUUAUAUAUAAAAUUGGAUUUAGGAAGGUAUAUUUAGUUUUGUCAUUAUAUUUACUAUUUUUUGGAAAUAACAUAUAUUUUUCACACCUGUAGUACUCUUCCCCAUAUCCCCUCACACUCAUGAAUAAUAAGGUCUGGCAUAUUCUUGGUUGACAUACUCUAGACAGCUCUUCCAGAUAACAAGUUUUUGAAAAGCAAUCUUAGAAAGGAGUUCAUAACUAAAUGAGCCAAAAAUUUCUUUUUUGUUGACAAGAGCUAGGUCCUUCCUCAAAAAGUUUCUUUUGCUGCGUUAAAUUAAAGGUAGAAUAUUUUCAUUACUCUUGCUGGUAAGCAAGAUGGCUGUUUGAUACAGGUAAUGCAGUGCCUUCAUAUCUAAAACUUUUAUACUGCACUUUUUAAAGCCUUUAUUUUGAGGAAAGGAAAAAGCACUUGUUUAAAUAUGGAUUUUAAGUUGUAUGUAUGUCCUAUCAUUCUAAAAAACUGAAUUUGUGAAGGAAAGUUUUGCUAAAUGUUAAACUUUGAAAUUUAAUACACUAAAUUAAAAUAUUGUCCAUUAACUAGUUUGUAGAUUUUAAAAGUAAAGUACUUCCAGCUGUUAAAAUUAUAUGAAGAAAGUCUCAUUUUUGUCUAAUAUCAAUUAAAAUGUUGCAAUAUUAAAUUGAUAAUAAAAUACUUUCCAGCAAA